AUGUGUCCUUUUGGAUUAGCAUAUGAGAAAAUAGAUGCUUGUCCAAAUGAUGGUAUUUUGUAUCGAAAAGAGUUUGCAGAUUUAGAUAAAUGUCCUCGGUGUGGUAAGUCUCGUUACAAGCUCCCAGAUGGAGUUAUGCCCGGGGAAGGCAAGAAAGGUCCCUCUGCUAAACUACUUUGGUAUCUUCCAAUCAUACCAAGGUUUAGACGAUUGUUUUCAAUAAAGAAGGAGGCAAAGAAUUUGAAGUGGCAUGCAGAUAAGAGGAAGAAAGAUGGGUUGCUUAGACAUCCAGCAGAUUCUCCUCAAUGGAAAGAUAUUGAUGAAGAAUAUCCAGAAUUCGGCAAAGAAGAUAGGAAUCUUAGGCUUGUGCUUUCUACUGACGGAAUGAACCCAUUUGGUAGUCUAAGCAGUCAACACAGCACUUGGCCUGUUCUGUUAGUAAUUUAUAAUUUGCCUCCUUGGUUGUGCAUGAAGUCAAAGAAUAUUAUGUUAUCCCUACUUAUACAAGGGCCGAAACAACCAGGAAACGAUAUUGAUGUAUACCUUGCUCCGCUCAUUGAUGAUUUGAAACAAAUGUGGGAUGAAGGUAUUUCUGUUUUUGAUGCGUAUGGGGAUGAGAUUUUCACGUUGCGUGCAAUGUUAUUUUGUGCCAUCAAUGACUACCCGGCUUAUGGUAACUUGUCAGGGUAUAAGGUAAAGAGAAAGAUGCCAUGCCCAGUUUGUGAAGAUGAUAUGGAAUCAACUUGGUUGCCAAAUUCUAGAAAACAUGUGUAUCCAGUUCAUAGAAAGUGGCUAAAUAGGUUUCAUCCUUAUCAAAAGAAAAAAUCUCUAUUUGAUGGCAACGUGGAAGAACGUAGAUUUCGGAGACCGUCAUCUGGAAGAGAGGUUUACAACCGUGUUAAAAGCAUAGAGACGGUUUUUGGAAAAUCUGGGAAAAAUAAAAAAGAUGGAAUUUGGAAGGAGUCUGCCUUUUGGAAACUGGAAUAUUGGAAGCAUCUGUCAGUUAGACAUUGUCUCGAUGUAAUGCACAUAGAAAAAAAUGUGUGUGAGGCCAUUUUGGGUACAUUGUUGAACAUGGAUAAGAAAUCGAAGGAUGGCAUUAAGGUGCGGAGAGACAUGCAACACUUGAAGAUUCGACCUCAUUUAUGGCCAAAGCUUAAGGAAAAGGCCAGAAAGGGGAAAGGUAAGUCUUACUAUUUACCCCCUGCUUGCUACACAUUGUCUAAAGUUGAGAAAAGAAUAUUUCUAGAGUGUCUUUAUGGAAUUAAAGUUCCUAAGGGCUACUCAUCGAAUAUAAGAAAGCUUGUGUGUAUGACCGAAUUGAAAUUACAUGCAAUGAAAUCCCAUGAUUGUCAUGUCAUGAUGCAAGUAUUGUUGCCCAUUGCAAUUCGUGGGAUUUUGCCUAAGCAUGUAAGAGAUGCCAUCACGAGACUUUGUUCGUUUUUCAAUACAAUAUGCAAUAAGGUACUUGAUCCGGAGGAAUUAGACAAACUACAAGCUAAUGUAGUUGUAACACUGUGCCAGUUUGAGAUGUAUUUUCCGCCUUCGUUUUUCGACAUAAUGGUUCAUUUAGUUGUCCAUCUUGUUCGAGAAAUCAAGCUUUGUGGUCCAGUGUUCAUGAGAUGGGCUUAUCCUUUUGAAAGGCAUAUGGGGUGCAUGCAGAGAAAGGUGAGGAAUCCCGCACGACCAGAAGCAAGUAUGAUUCAAGGAACUGUGUCGGCGGAGAUUGGUGCGUUUAUUGCUGAAUAUAUGUCUAGAGCUGAACCAAUCGGACUUCCUAAAUCUCGACAUGAGGGAAGAAUUGAAGGCAAAGGCACAAUUGGUGCUUAA